AUGUACGUGUACGCGUUUACUCGCCUCGGGCGGCGACGGGGGCGAGGGGCUCAGGGUGCGGGGCCUUCCCCGCUCGCCCGCAGCCCGGCCGUGGCGGCACCGCGCGGGGCCCGGGGCGCCCAUGGCCUCCGAGGACCUGACGAGGGCGCUGGCGGCCGUGCUGGAGGGCAGGGGGCUGCAGGUGCAGAACUGGGAUUCGGGGCCCGCCGGUGGGAAGCCGCCGCCCCCGGCCCGGCUGCGUGCAAACGUGUCCUACGUGGUGCUGGCCGUGUUCCUCAACGAGAAGGUGGAAUUCUCAAAACUUCCAAGGAGGCAGACGCUGAGUCCCUGCAAGCUGGCUGGUUCCCACGCACCUCCCUGGCCACGCCACUACGUGCCCAUGACAUUGUGCACCUCCUAGAGCUGGGUGCCCAGUACCUCCAGCAAGCCUGGCACCCUCCCUUGCUGCCCCAGGAGCUUCCCUGCAGUGUGGUGUGCCAGCGGCUCAUAGCUGUCUUCAUCGGUGUCCAGACGCUGUGGGUGCUGGUGGGCACGGCGGGGACACCUCACCUGCCUGUCACUGCUUGUGACUUCACCCCCGCGGAGCAGAGGGGCGGCCUCAAGGUGGCCGUCCUGCGGCUGCUCCAGGAGUGCCUGGCCCUGCAUACCUUGACAGUGGAGCCCAAGGGCCUGCUGGGGCUGCAGCACCUGGGCAAGGACGGCUCAGACGGCAUCUGCCUGGACGUGCUGGUGGCCGUGGCCUUCCACAAUGCGGGUGUCCCAGCCGAGGAGCCCCCAAAAGUUCGGGGUGAGAACUACGCUUGGUGGAAGGUGGCAGAUGAGGACCUGCAGAGCCAGCUCCGCCAGAGGCUGCGGGAUUGCUCGGUGGUGCCGUUGAACCGAUAGAAAGGUGCUGGGGCUCCCCGAGGGAGGCAGAAGCAAGGGAAGGCCAGCUGGGCUCCAUGUUGGGAGCAGAGCUUGAUCGGGUCCCCAGGGUUUCGGGGGGCCGAGGGCCCAGUGACGGGGCCUGAUGCUGAGGGGCAUCCAUUG